GAUUGUUUUAUUCUCAACAUCCGUUAGUUUUUCGUUGGAAUAUUUCCAUUGCUUUUCGAGAAAUUUUGAGGAAAUCGAAGAAGAGAAAAGCGAUGUACUACGUUCUUAACGGAACGAGAGACCGCAAAUAAAACAGAAAAAAAGGAUAUUGAUGUCAAAGUAUGAAAGAUAUCAAGCAAUACUUUGCCAAUGGCAAGAAUAUCGUUGAUAAGGAGACUGAUACUGAUCUAGGCAAUGUAAAAAAGGAUCAAGAACAAGAAGAUAUUGCAACAAAUAAACACAAAUGUGUGAGGAUCCAGAUAUCCAGCAAUGGUUCUUCUAGCAAAAUGUGCGACAUCGAGAACAAGAAAGAUCUAAUCGACAAAACACCCAGUCCAUUCAAUGGUGAGAUAAACAACGGUGAAAGAACUUUGCAAGAUGAAACACCAAAAUCAGGUUUAACCGAGUCAGGCAUAAAGCGUCGUCUUAAGAAGCAUUCAAAAUUCACUGUGGAAAUAAACAGAAAUCAGUCUGAAGUAACAAGAAAUAUCUCGCAAGAACAAAAAUUAAAUAAUCAGAUUGUUAUGAAUUUAAACGGUUCUCUUAAUGACAAUGUUAAUUCUGAAGAUGAAACUAAGUCAAAUAUAGAACUUUGCGAUGAAAUUGGUUCUCAGCGGAAAGAAUCAAAUGCUUUUCAGGUUCUGAUGAAUCAUAGUAAACCAAUACAAUAUAAAUCACCGCAGCAAUCCAUAGAAGACAGUGAAAAUAAAGAGAAAUCAGAUUCAAAAGAAUUCAGAUCUAGGUGCAAAGAGAAGCUCAUAGCUUUGGCUGAUAAAAAAGGAUAUUCAAGAAAAAAAAUAGCUGAAAUGGAAGAGGGUGAGAAAAUAGAAAAGAAUAUUGAAAAUCGUAUAAGGUUCUUUAAGGGCGAGAGUAAAAGCAACACACAUGAAAAAGAUAGCUUUGAAUUGUCGAUAAAAACUAACAAACAAUCUGGAAACUUACUAGAUUAUUUUAGCAAAUCACCCUUGGGGUUAACAAAUAAGGAUGAAAAAUGUGUGUCUACUUUUACUGUAAAAGCAGAUGUACAUAGGACUGAUAACUCUGAUGUGUGUGUUGAACCUAUGAGGAAGCUAAAAUCAAAUAAGAAAUAUCCUAAUAAGAAAUGUACGAAGUCAGAAUUAGAUCUUUCUACAAUGGAUGAUAUUCACGUCGUAGAGUCUGAAAAUUUACUUUCUCUACAGCCAGUCAAACAAGAUAAACAGAAACGAGAAAAACCUCGUUGGUCCUUGCGCAUAAAAUUACAUUCUUCUGAAGAUAACGAUUCUUUAUAUGAUACCGAUGACGAAUUGUUUUCACCAAGAAGCAAAUCAAAGUUUAGUGCUUCGAGUAAAUCUGGAAAAUCCGUAAAUAUAGAUAAUAAUGAAGUCUGUACGAAGAAUCACAAUCGACAUCUUAAAAUGAAAGAGCGAAACAAGGAAAGAAAAGAAUUAAUUGUAAAAGAUAGCAACAUUUCAAACAUCGUCAAAGAUGCUCCUAAUGGAAACACUGAUUUUAAAAAAUCAAACAGUGCUAAUAAAAAAGAACAGAAGAUUAAUGAAAUAAGUGAAACGGUUAUAAUAAUUGAUGAUUCCGAAUACAUGAUCAGCAAUGAGAAUAUUCUGAAAAGAAAACCGAAUGAAAAACUGGCACCUUUAUUCAUUAAACGACAUAAAAUAGAUCCAGCAGUCACAGCAGCAAGACGUUUAUUCCUACAAUCGGAUAUAAUCGAUGUAGAGAACAAAAAUACAGACCAUAAAGUAAAUAAUGGCAUACCUGUAUUACCAUUUCCUGCUAUCAGUCAUAUUACACAAUUAGAAGAUGAGUCAGACUCGAUCAGAUCUGAAAUAGAACACAAAUUUUCGAUGAAAAUCGAGAAACAAUAUUUGCCUUCGAUAGAUAUUAUUAAUUAUAAAUAUAUUACUAAUUGUAGGGAAGCAUCAAAAAUGAUUAAAACAAUUAAAGGACCCGUGAAAGAAAAUGUGGAGCAAGUGUUAUCAGAAAUCAAGAAGCUUUAUCCAGAUGUUCGGAGAAUGUGGGAGACUAUAUCAACAAUUAAGGGGGAUUUGGAAAAGAAAUCGCCAUCUCCAGAAGAUAGAAAAACGCGAGCGCAUGAACGAAAGAGAAUGUUAACAGAGAAUAUUGAGACCGAGGAAAAGCAAUCCCACAAUUGCGCAUGGACAUACAAAUAUAAACCGAUGAGCGCGCAAGAGAUAGUUGGAAAUGAAGAAGGUGCGAGUAAGCUAAAGGAUUGGUUGAGUGGCUGGAGAACAUCUUUAACAAAGGAGGACGAUGACAGUAGUGGUGAUGAGUUUUAUUCCUCAGAUUGCAGUUCCUCGUUCAACAUUGAAAAUAAUCAGAUUGCUGUCUUAUUAGGGCCACAUGGCAGUGGAAAAAGUGCAAGUGUAUAUGCGAUAGCGGAGGAACUAGGCUACAGCGUAAUUGAAGUGAAUGCAUCUUCCAAACGGACUGGAAAGAGAAUCUUAAAAGAAUUAGAGGAAGCUACAAAGUCGCAUAGAAUUAAAAAAAGUAAACAUAAAUCUCCAUUCGAACGAAUCACAAAUGAUGAUGAAACCUCAAAGAUAUCACAAAAUUCGUUAAUUCUUUUGGAAGAUAUUGAUCUUAUUUUUGAAGAGGAUGAAGGAUUUGUUUCUGCCGCAUAUCAAUUAGCAUCGAACACCAAACGACCAAUUGUUAUGACAUGUAGGAACACGUGUCCUCAUUUGAACAAAAUGGCACCACAACAAAACAAAGUUUACUUUCAUAAAGUGAGUGGUAACACAGUGUCUACCUUACUGGAAUUAAUUGCGCUUGCAGAGACAGGUUACAGGAUUCCGCCUAAUUGCUUAAGGAAAUUACUGCAAGAAGGCGACUUAAGACAGGCAUUGCUCCAGUUGCAAUAUUUACUAUUGUCAGGUCUACCGGUAUUAUCACAACAAUCAAUGAUUGCAAAGUCGUUGCUUUGGCAGGACAUGCAACGCUAUUUAUACAAACCUGCGAUUAAGCUAAACAAGAGGCAUAAAACAAAGAAAACUACAAAUACAAAAAACUCUAAUGAUACAUAUAUAUUGAACAAUUUAGCGGAAGAUUUGGACAGUUUAUCUCUAAUGUCGUCUUUAAUUGAUGUCGAAGAUACGACAUUAGACAUGUCAGAGGAGAAAAUGCAACCUAAUUUAUCCUUAGCUGAAAAUAUGUCUUUCUAUUCCACCUUACACGAUUUGAACGCGGAUAUAGCGGAUUUUAUAAACAGCCAAAUACUGUAUAAAAACUUUGAUGCAAACGAGCAUGUGCAAAAAAAUCAAAGUAACAUUAUUUUGAGGAAGCAGUUAAAACAAGGAGUGGAUUUAGCGUUAUCGCACGUUACAUCUAUGUGUUUAGAUCGACGAAUCAUGGCGUUAGAUUAUCUUCCGACUGCGCGAACAAUAUGCCGCGCAGAAGAAUCUCGCUCGAGUAUAAAUUACAAAAGAGGCAAUAGAUUUUUCCAUUAUCUGCACAGUCUAAAAGUGCCGAGCGCGUCGAUGAAACCAAAUAUCUUAGCUGCAGCAUGUAAAAUGUUACAAGAGGGAGGAAAUAAAACUGCAUCCGUACAGAAAACCAUCACUAUUGACUGAUACUCAAGAGAGAAACCUAUAUAUAUUUUUAUA